CCAGUGUCCAGCUACCGUACCUGAAACCAGUGAGAAUUUUCCACUCUUCUCUUAUCCCUUCUGCAAACAUUUUUCUCUAAUUUUUCUGUGUAAUUCAGAAGUAACAUGGAGCAGAUCACCAACUUUAUCGGCAGGUAUAAAAACUACAACUUUCCCACUGGUCAAACAACUGCAGAGUACAUUGAUUCACUCCAGAGCUUCGAAAUUCAAGACAGCGAUAUAUUUCUCGUCACUUAUCCAAAGUCAGGCACUAUAUGGACUCAACAGAUCAUAAUUUCCAUCUGUGAAUUGGACGGGAGUCUGAAUGAAUAUCCAAACAACUUAGAGCAGAUGCCGUGGCUGGAGUACAAGUUGGUUCCACAAGAUUACGCCCUACGACCCUCUCCACGGCUCUUCGCCUCUCACCUCACCCCGGCUCUCAUGCCUCCGGGACUGAAGGACAAGAAGGCUAAGAUUAUCUAUGUGAUGCGCAACCCAAAGGACAACAUUGUCUCCUUUUACCACUUCAGCAAAGCCAACAGAGACCUGGAGACUCCCAAGAACUUUGACCACUUUUUUGAGGAGUAUUUGAUGGGCAACGUUGUAGGAUCAUCCUGGUUCGACCACAUCAGGGUGUGGCAUUCAAUGAGAGACGAGUACAAUAUCCUCUUUCUGACCUACGAGGACAUGGUUUUGGACCUGAAGGCGGCAGUAACUAAGAUCUGCAUUUUCUUAGGGAAGAACCUGAGUGAAGCAGCCAUUGAGCAAGUUGUAGAAAAAUCUACAUUCAUGAACAUGAAGAAAGACUCAAAAGCAAACUACGAUUUUCUGCUGCAAGAUAGGAUGAAGGGAGACUUCAUGCGCAAAGGUAAGAUCGGUGACUGGAAGAACACCUUUACUGCCGCUCAGAGUGAAAGAGUGGAUCAACUCCUUCAGGAGAAACUCGGUGACCUGUCUCUGAAGUUCAUCUGGGAAUAAGCAGAGCAGCCGCACCAACAGGCAGCAACAGAUCCAAAAUUAUCUGUUUGUCUAAUACCAUUGAUGUUAAGUUUCAUUGUCAUAAUUUCUGGUUUGUAACACAGCCUCCAUCACAGGCUUUCGACAUAUAGUAACAUAUUUAGUGCUCUGGCUUUUUAACUCUUCAGCCACUAAAUGCUUUUAGUCAUUUAUCCAUUUGCUGUAUUAUCUUUUUGCUUUACAACUUUACUUUUAUCAUUCUUUAAAACUAAAGUCAUUCAUUUUUUAUAUUUUUCCUUCCAAUUUCUACUCUUGGUGAAUUGACUACAGAUAAUUUCUUUGCCUCUGCUGUGAGUUUUCCAAAUCUCAAAAACUUUAGGUACACAUAAUUAUUUUAUCUCACUUUUUAUCCUCAAACUAUGUGUAUUGCAUUAGUGUAUAUGUCCUGUCUCGGUCCUCAUCUUGUGGGUCUUCGGAUCCACCUUCUACAUCUCCCCCUCCCAAGAGUAUUUGACCAUAUAACACUUCAGAGACGUUUUAAGGAGGAGACACAGCACUCAAUCACAUCCUCAGUACAACUCUAUGGGGAAAACCCUUACCGCCAAAGAUGGUGGUUUACCCGUCUUUUCCGCUAGCAAGCCAAUCGUCUGCUUUUAAUAGCCACAGUAGGAAACACAUUUCAGCCAAUCGUGUAGUUCCACUAAUAUAAGGGUCUGUUAUACUUGUACAUGCGUAGUACAAGUAUAACAGACCACCAUGCAGACCACCAUGUACUACCACGAUUGCAUACCACCAUGCAUAGAAGAAGGAUAACCGGUCGGGAAAACCGCUGUUUAACCCUUAUUUUGCAAGCAUAUCCAGCUGCAGCUCGCAGACGUGACGGAAGUUGAACUUCCAAAUAUGGUUUGUCCCAGAAGACACCUCACACAAAACAUUAUGAAGUUACAGUCGAAUGCAAAAGUUUAGACAGCGACACCCCUGACAAUUUCCAUGAUUUUCAUUUAUAAAUAACUGGGUGUUUGGAUCAGCUAUUUAAUUUUGAGCUAUCAAAUAACGGAAAGACAGUAAUGGAGCAUUCCUCCUAGUAAAACAUCUCCAGUUCAGUUAGGUUUGAUUGUUGCCGAGCAUGCCUGCUUCAAAUCACCCCACAGAUUUUCAAUGAUAUUCAGAUCUGGGGACUCGGAUGGUCACUCCAGAACAUUGUACUUGUUCCUCUGCAUAAAUGCCAGAAUAGAUUAUGAGCAGUGUUCUGGGUUGUUGUCUUGUUGAAAUAUCCAGCCCCGGCGUAAUUUCAACUCCUCUGAUUGCUCUACAUUAUUCUCAAGUAUCUGCUGAUAUUGAGUGGAAUCCAUGCGACCCUCAACUUUAACAAGACUCCCAGUAUCAGCACUGGCCACACAGCCCCACAGCAUGAUGAAACCUCCACCAAAUAUUACUGUGGGUAGCAAGUGUUUGUCUUGGAAUGCUGUGUUCUUUUGCCGCCAUGCAUAACGCCCCUUGUUAUGACCAAAUAAAUCCAUCUUUGUUUCAUCUGUCCACAGCACCUUCUUCCAAAAUGAAGCUAACUUGUCCAAAUGUGCAUUUGCAUACCUCAAGCGAAUCUGUUUGUGGCGUGGGUGCGCUGAAUUGUUGAACGAUGCACAGUGACACCAUCUGCAGCAAGAUGAUGUUGUAGGUCUUUGGAGGUGGUCUGCUGGCUGUUUGGCCUAUCCAAUAUUUUACUUGGUCUGCAACUUCUGGCCUUAACAAGAACUGUGCCUGUGGUCUUCCAUUUCCUCAUUAUGUUCCUCACAGUGGACACUGACAGCUUAAAUCUCUGCGAUAGUUUUUUUAGCCUUCCCCUAGACUGUAAUCUUGAACAAUCUUUGUUUUCAGGUCAUUUGACAGUUGUUUUGAGGCCCCCAUGCUGCAACUCUUCAGAGGAGAGUCAAAGAGAAUUGGCCACCUUAAAUACCUUUUCUCAUGAUUGGAUGCACCUGUCUAUGAAGUUCAAGGCUUAAUGAGCUCACCAAACCAAUUGUGUGUUCCAAUUAAUCAGUGCUAGUAGUUACAGGAAUUCAAAUCAACAAAAUGGCAAGGGUGCCCAAAUUUAUGCACCUGUCUAAUUUCGUUUUGAUACAUAUUACACAUUUUCUGUUCAUCUAAUGAACCUCAUUUCUCCUUCAGUUAUCUGAUAGAUCAGAAUGAAAUUGUUGAUCCAAAUACCCAAUUAUUUAUAAAGGAAAAUCACAGAAAGGGGUGCCUAAACUUUUUCAUACGACUGUAAUCUUGGCCCACGUACAAAGCGCUUUCUUGAGAGACCAAAAACAGAACUUUAAUUAUAAUUCUGAGAAGUUUUGAGGCGAGAAAUCAACUGUAGAUAUUGUAUAUUCUUGUUUUACAAAAAUUGAUAGCAAAUGGAAAAAUCUGCUCAAACGUUUUCGGAGUUGAGAAGCUCCGCAAGUUCCGACGGGUGUCAAUAUUAUAUAGCUGCAGUACCAAAGGCUGCACAGCAACACAACGAAGGUUAACCCUGUCUGCUAGCACAGCCGAUGUGCGCAGCUGUAGGAUUAACCAGUCAACAUGCAUAAAAUCAAUAACUUUAUGGUUUAGGCACACACAUACACACGUGAUGGUUAGGGUAAGAGUAAUAGGCUUCGGGGGGCUGUCAUUUAAGAGCACUUUGGAACAAAUAAACAACAAACAGUAGUAUGAAAGGGGACUCUCAUUUCAGGAAUUAUAGUAUUUGUAUACUAUACUAUAUAAACUAUAGUACCACAAAUAUGAACACAUAAAGCGUUGCACAUUGGCUUCUGGGAUGAACCAUAUAUGGAAGUUCAACUAAUGUCACGUUUGUCUGUGGGCUGCAGCUGGACCCUUCUCUUAUUUUGGCGCAAAGUCGUCUCUGAAGUUAGUCUGACAACAAGCAGAACAGCCGCACCAACAAUUCAUUGGCACUGCGUCUGUAUGUUUUACUCCUACAACGGUAUCUGCUAAUGUGUAAAAUGAUAUGCAUCUCAAAAUGCUUUCUGACCCAUGCUUGAACUGAACAUACAUGAGCAGAGAACAACAACAAAAAAAAAUUAAGAC